GAAUAUCUUCAUCGGAACGCCAUUGUCUUAUAGACAGAGAGAGAGAGGGAGAGAGUUUGUGUUUGUGUGUGUGUGUGUGUGUGUGAUACCCAAAAUUAACCAAUGCUUUAAAGAGAGAAAAUUCAAAGUCUAUCUAUCGCUUCUUCCAGGGUUAGUUAGGUUUUCAAUUACUUUUGCCUUUUGAUUUCAGUAUAUGUGUAUGCACAUAUUAUAACAGUCGCUGCAGCUGUAAGUUAUCUCUUUCCUCUCUCUUUCUUCGCCUUAGGGUUUCACUUUUUCAUUCCCACGGUUUUACGAGCCUUCAAGUUAAAGUUGAAUUUAUUUCCCACAAGUUUGAAACUAAAGUUAUCCGCUGAGGGACAGACCACAAAAAAAGUGAUUUGCAUCGAAAAAUUUGUAAUUUAUUGUCAUUCCUGGAGCAAAAAAUAGUGCUUUUGAGCUAUUUUUGGCGAGAAAACAGUGAAGUUCGAUAGAAGAAGUGUCCUCUUUGAGGUUUGGAUGGUGAUUACGGAAAUGGGUACCCAAGUAUUUGCAAGGAUUGAAGUUUUGUUUGCUAAAUUGACGAGGUAGUGCUGGACUUUAUUGUUUUGGGAAGAUGGUUGUUCGUUAAAGAAUCAGAGUUUGGGUUUUGUAUGUGAGCUUGGAGGAUGAGGCACUCGGGGAUUAUCUAAGGUUGCAACAUGAGUUGCAGCGGUGAGAAGAACAGAGGAGGAGAAGAGGGGGAGCUUGUGCGUAAAUCGGUUGAGGGGGUAUUGCACUCGCCGAAUGGAUCCAGCACUGUUACGACUACAACCACCCCGCCUUUGACAAUUGAUGAAAGAGUGCUGGUUGACCCCAAAUUGUUGUUUAUCGGAUCAAAAAUUGGUGAAGGAGCUCAUGGGAAAGUUUACGAAGGAAGGUAUGGCAACCGAAUAGUUGCAAUCAAAGUUCUCAACAAUGGGAACACUUUGGAAGAAAGAGUUGCACUGGAAGACCGUUUUGUCCGCGAAGUUACUAUGAUGUCAAGAGUAAAGCAUGAGAAUCUUGUUAAGUUUAUUGGAGCUUGUAAAGAGCCUUUUAUGGUGAUAGUUACAGAGCUGUUACCAGGGAUGUCACUCAGAAGGUAUUUGGUUGGUAUUCGCCCAAAUCAAUUAGAUCUUCAUGUGGCAUUGAGUUUUGCCCUAGACAUUGCUCGAGCCAUGGGUUGUCUACAUGCCAAUGGGAUUAUACACAGGGAUCUCAAACCUGACAAUUUGUUGCUUACAGCCAAUCAAAAGUCUGUGAAGCUUGCUGAUUUUGGUCUUGCAAGGGAAGAAACUGUGACUGAGAUGAUGACUGCAGAAACUGGGACGUACCGGUGGAUGGCGCCCGAGUUGUACAGCACCGUCACUUUGCGUCAGGGGGAGAAGAAGCAUUACAAUAACAAGGUCGAUGUUUACAGCUUUGGCAUUGUCUUGUGGGAAUUAUUGACUAACCGGCUACCAUUUGAAGGCAUGUCUAACUUGCAGGCUGCUUAUGCUGCUGCUUUUAAGCAAGAGAGGCCCAGUCUUCCAGAGGAUAUAUCCCCUGAUCUUGCAUUCAUCAUACAGUCAUGCUGGGUUGAGGAUCCUAAUAUGCGGCCCAGCUUCAGCCAGAUUAUCCGCAUGCUUAAUGCAUUUCUCUUCACCCUUCCACCACCCCCGCCAUCCUUACCGGAAUCUGACUCCGCUGAGGCCAGUAAUGGGACUCUUAGUGAGUUGUCCGCACGCACAAGAGGAAAAUUUUCUUUCCUUCGCCAACUUUUUGCAGCGAAGAGGACUAGAAACUCACAAUGAGGUGGUAUAACUUUUGAGUAGUUUCUUUUUGUUCAAACUCAGACAAAGCAUCCAAUAGGAGAUUUAUAAUGAUGACCUGAAUCAUCAUAUGAUUAGCGAAGAUGAAAAAUGUGGAAUAGACACUAUGUUACUAGCUAUCGAACAAAAAAUGGAAAAGGUAAAGGGGAUCUAUUGAGCAAUAAAUAUAAGAAAGAAACUUAAAAAUUGUGUAGUUGACCUUAUUGUAAAGGAGGCACAUGGUUCUAGAUACUUUCUUGUUCAUAUCAAUGUCAUCUUCUUCUGAAUUCCUAUAAAAUUGCAGUUGGUAAAUUUGAUUUUUUGUUCUAGUUGGUGGAGUUUUUGUAACCCCAAGUUGGUGAAAUUUUCCUCUUUUGUAGCUUUACACAGGUUUUAUGCAGUAAAUUGCUUGUUAUAUUUUAAUUUUAAUGGAAUGAAUGUGAGCAAUCUUCUUGUCGAACUUGUUGAUCUAAGCUCAGCUUGUACUCAAUCCCAGUUAUCCUAUCAAGAGAUUGAUGAUCUUUGGCUGAUAAGUGAGAAGUAAUGGUGGGAAAAGAGAUGGUGUCUGAAUUACCUUAGGACCUGGAGAGCUGAUGCAGAUUCGAUUACUAAUUACUUUAGGGUCCUUUCAUCUGGCCAUUAUAUAUGAGGUGCUUCCCCGGGUAUGCAUGCAGGACUCUAUAUGAGCAGUGGGGGCUAAUGUCUUGUGCAAUUUGCUUCCCUGUUCUCUUCAUUGCAGGAUGUUUUGUAACUUGAACAUGGCUGAUUGUUUAUUCUGUCAUGUUAAUUUGUUCUGAUUUUUCACCAGUUCAGAUCCUUGGAUACGAAAACAUUUUGAGCUCCUAAGCUAAAUCCGAAUAUGACCUCCACUCUUCUGCUUUAACAUGGUCGGAAAGUUCUUUUGACUUACUCCAAAAAGACAUCAGUUGAUUCAACAUCAAGAUGCAUUAGAUGAUCAGCCAAGCUG